CUGCAUACUCUCUCUCCCUCUCUCCCUCUCUCUCUCCUAUCUUUCCAGUUCCUCCCAGCUCACCCCCAUUGAUUUUCUUACAGACAGAAACCUGUACCUAUAUCUACAGUGUGUGGAAAAACGCACAGUAGCGCCCCAUCGAAUCACCGUCCAUACCCUUUCUGCACGUGUCACUUUCCUCACAAAUUGUCUGAAAAAAAAUCGCCCAUUGUCUGGUCUCUCUCUCUCUCUAAAAUUCCAGUUCAACGGUGUACUUUCUUCCUCCCAUCAGACUCUCUUUAUUGACUCAAGAAUAAUAAACCAUCGAACCGGGUCAAAUAGCCGGAUCCACCAAAAUAUCCGUCACAUAUUCCCUUCACUGUUCGCGUUUUUUCUUCUUUUCCAAGCCUUCAGAAUCAAAUUCCCAAGCCUCAUGCCCCUAUUCCACUUUCCACACCGAACGAUGAUUAGGGUUUUCAAUCGAUAGAUACGUUUCAGAUCUCUCCGUUUUUAUAGGGUUUGAAUGUCUGGGGCGGCGGCAGGAGCUCCGGCGGCGAGGGAUAACCGGAGACCCGGAUGCUGCAACCCGGUGAAGAAAUCCGGCCCGGUAUCGAUGGACCACGUGCUGUCCGCAUUGCAAGAGACCAAGGAGGAGCGGGACGCGAGGAUCCGCAGCCUGUUCAGCUUCUUCGACGUGGCGAAUUUGGGGUACUUGGAUUACGGGCAGAUCGAGGCGGGGCUGUCGGCGCUGCAGAUACCGGCGGAGUACAAGUACGCGAACGACCUCUUGAGGGUGUGUGACAGGAACAGGGACGGGCGCGUGGAUUACCAGGAGUUCAGGAGGUAUAUGGAUGAUAAGGAGCUCGAACUGUACAGGAUUUUUCAGGCGAUUGAUGUGGAGCAUAAUGGGUGCAUUUUGCCGGAGGAGCUUUUGGAUGCUCUUCUUAAGGCUGGCAUAGAAAUCGAAGAUGACGAACUUGCAAGUUUUGUGGAGCAUGUUGAUAAAGACAACAACGGAAUUAUAACUUUUGAGGAAUGGAGAGAUUUUCUUUUACUGUAUCCCCACGAGGCAACUAUUGAAAACAUCUACCAUUACUGGGAAAGAGCCUAUCUUGUAGAUAUAGGUGAACAACCUGUUAUUCCACAAGGCAUUAGUAAGCAUGUCCAUGCAAGUAGAUAUUUGAUUGCUGGGGCUGUUGCUGGAACUGCUUCUCGUACUGCUACAGCUCCUCUUGAUCGCCUAAAGGUUAUUAUGCAAGUACAAACUACACGCACUUCUAUAGUUCCUGCAAUUAAGAACAUAUGGAGGGAGGGUGGGUUCUUAGGAUUUUUCCGAGGUAAUGGGCUAAAUGUUUUGAAGGUUGCACCUGAAAGUGCCAUAAAGUUCUAUGCUUAUGAAAUGUUGAAAAAUGCCAUUGGUGAUUUCAAAGGGGAACGAAAAGAAGACAUAGGAACUUCUGGUCGACUUGUGGCUGGAGGUCUGGCAGGCGCGGUGGCCCAAACUGCCAUCUACCCCAUGGAUCUUGUUAAAACUCGAUUACAGACUUGUGCUUUGGAAGGUGGAAAGGUUCCUAGCUUAGGCAAACUGUGGAAGGACAUAUGGGUUCAAGAAGGACCUAGGGCCUUUUACAGAGGGCUUGUACCAUCGCUUCUUGGUAUUGUCCCUUAUGCUGGCAUUGACUUAGCUGCCUAUGAGACCUUGAAAGACAUGUCAAGGAGAUAUAUCCUUCAUGAUGCUGAACCAGGCCCUUUUGUGCAACUAGGAUGUGGGACUAUUUCGGGAGCUCUUGGAGCAACAUGUGUUUAUCCGUUGCAGGUUGUCAGAACAAGACUGCAAGCUCAGCGUUCUAAUACAAAUGAUGCUUACACUGGAAUGGCAGAUGUAUUUCGGAGAACACUUCAGCAUGAAGGUUUUAGAGGUUUCUACAAAGGGCUUUUCCCCAAUCUUCUAAAAGUCGUACCAUCUGCAAGCAUAACGUAUCUGGUUUAUGAGGCCAUGAAAAAGAGUCUAGAUCUUGGGUAGUGAUGUUGUGGUCCACCUUUUGAUGGCUUCAAGUGUUGAAGCCCGACUAGUACUGCUGAUGACGAAAAAGACAUGGAAGACAGAGAAUACUAAUUGAAUAAUUGAUAUGAUUGUUUUAAGUGUAUACAUCAUAUUGAAUUUCACAUGAGAUACGUGCAAAAGGUUUUUGUAGUCCACAUUGGUUUUUUUAAGCUUGUCCUAACUCACCACGCGGAGAACUGAGAGUAUUAUCAGAUGAUAAUACCAAGGGAUAUGUGCAAUACUUCUAGGUUUUUGUAGUCCACAUUGGUUAGUGUUUAUUUAUUAACAACAGCUGCGGAUAAGUGUAAGACAUUGUUCCACAGUCCACUGGUUUGUCUUAUAGUAUAUUUAUGCCUCUUUCCACUGA